GCCUCUUUGGUGCGCCUGUGCACCUGGUGCCAUUUGGCUGUAUAGGCUACAGCAGACGCGUCUCCAAUUAUCAAGAGGCACAUCCGUGGGUUUCUCUGUGUCAACUCCCGCCCACCCCCCAACCUUAAAAAAAUAGUAUCCACAUCCACAUUGAUUUGAGCGAAGCCAGAUCAGGGUGGGCGACACGAGAAACUCGCACGUGAAUAACUUAUCCUGGAUGAUGAAUAUGCAUUUUGCGCAUAGGACACCCAAACUAGAAAAGUCCAGUGUGAAAGAGGGACGUUUUGUGACCGUGUAGGACAAACUGUUAUCGUGUCUCUGGGUGUGAUUACAAUUUCUUCAUGUGAUAACCGAUAUGUUUAGAUGACCAUUCACUCCAGUGGGCUUGCUGUUUUCCAACUAGAUCCUCCUGUAAUGUGCGUGAUGAGUGGGCUGCCACACACACACACGACCCGCUCAGACUUGGCACAGCUUUCCUUCAGCACUUGGCGCGUGUUGAUGUGGAAUAAUCGGCAGGUUUGAGUGGCGGCGGCCGCUUCAGCACGCUGGACAGCGCUCGUGGAAGUUGGAGAGGAUCGGCUGCGAGCGUUUUUUUUUUGGUUUGUUUGUUUUUUUAUAUUUUUUUUUUAUUAUUAUUAUAUAAUUGAAAUGAAUUUGCGGAGCCGCUGCUGUGGAGAUGUGCCACGCGUGACCAUGGCUAGUUUGAAGUAUUCAUUGUCCACAAUAACAACAGGCGCGCGGAAGCCCACAGCGCACUCUCUGGAGUGAGACAUGGACUUUGCUGAGAUCUUUUGCGCUUUGUUCAUCGUCGUGGUCGCGGUCGUGUCGCUGCUGUCAAACUUGUUGGUGCUGCUAUGUUUCAUCCACAGCACCGAGAUUCGCCGACAGGUGCCCGGUGUUUUCACCAUGAACUUGUCCUUCUGCAACAUCCUCAUCACUGUGCUGAACAUGCCGGCCACUCUGCUGGGGGUUAUCCGGGAGCAGCAGCCUUUUGGGGAUUGCAUUUGCCACACAGUGAGCUUUCUGGAGACUUUCCUGACCGCCAACACCAUGUUGAGCAUGGCAGCCCUCAGCAUAGACCGGUGGAUAGCGGUGGUCUUCCCGCUCAGUUACUCCACUAAAAUGCGCUACAAGGACGCACUGAUCAUGGUGUGCUACUCCUGGCUCCACUCCUUCACCUUCUCCCUUGCAGCGCUGCUCUUCUCUUGGGUUGACUACAGCCACGUCUACGCGUCCUGCACCUUGCAGCCGAGCGACGACGGCAGCGACAGGAUUAAGUUCACAGUCUUCACUGUCGUUUUCCACGCCACGAGUUUCAUGCUCUCCCUGCUCAUCUUGUGUUUCACCUACCUGAAGGUGCUGAAAGUGGCCAGGUUUCACUGCAAGAGGAUUGACAUCAUCACCAUGCAGACUCUUUUCCUGCUGGUCGACAUUCACCCAAGCGUCAAACAGAGAUGUUUAGCUGAACAAAAGAGGAGAAAGCAAAGAGCCACUAAGAAGAUCAGCAUCUUCAUCGGCUCAUUCAUCAUCUGCUUUGCUCCUUAUGUAAUUACAAGGUUGGCUGAGCUGCUACCUUUUGUGGACAUCAACCGCCACUGGGGAAUCAUCAGUAAGUGCCUGACAUACAGCAAGGCUGCGUCUGACCCAUUCGCCUACUCCCUCCUACGUCAGCAGUACAAAAAAGUCCUGGUUACAGUUGUCAACAGGCUGCUUCGCCGCGACCUAUACCCUUCAUCUGGCCAUAACAGCUCUUUAGACACAGAGAACGACUACUGUCUCCAGAGGAUCAGCUAAUGGCUAACAUGCGCACAUGACAGAUGCACACAUACUGGCCAAAAAGAAAGGGUGCCUCUGGGAAGAAGGGGGGCAGAGGCAAAGAAUUAGUCGAGAGACAGAGUAGACAGGAUAUUAGAUGGAAGGGAAAUAGACUAGAUGGAGGGGACAGAUUGUGGGUUGAGGGGCAGGGAGAAGACAGAGCAAAAAUAAGGAAGAUAGUGGGUGGACAAGAAUGAAAAGACAGUAAUGAGGGGGAGGAUGAGCAAGUAAGAAGAAACAAUGAAAAAGGAGAUGGGUGAGCGAAAGAUAGAUAGGGAGCGACAGGGGUGAUGUAGAGAUGUUGCCCUAAGAACGAAUUUGUAAACAAGGGAUCUCUAAUUCAUCAGCAAUGGCAAAACACA